AAAAGACAUCGUAGCAGUAGAAGUAGACGUAGAUAUCAGUAGUAUUGCCAUAGUUUUCAUCAGUCAUGUUCUUCGGCGGCUUUCCUGGAGGUGACUUUCCCGGGAUGGGUGGCAAAGGAGGAGGCCGAUCCAAAAAUGUUGACACCAGCAAGUUCUACAAACUCUUGGAAGUGGACAAGAAUUCCAACGAGGCCGAGAUCAAGAAGGCCUACCGAAGGCUGGCCGUGAAGCAUCACCCAGACAAGGGCGGUGACCCUGAGAAGUUCAAGGAGAUCACCCGCGCCUAUGAGGUGCUGAGUGACCAGGACAAGCGAGCCAAGUACGACAAAUUCGGAGAGGAGGGCUUGGACAAUGACGGCCCUGGCGAUGCGUCUGACAUCUUUGAAGCCUUCUUCGGAGGUGGUGGACGUCGCGGUGGUGGAACCCGAAGGCGUCAAAAGACCAAGGACGUGGUUCAGAACCUGAAAGUGACCUUGGAGCAGAUGUAUUCGGGCUACACCAAGAAGAUGGCCAUCACGCGACAGGUCAUCGACAAGAAGAAGGGUGUCCAGGAAUGCCGCGAGUGUGAUGGCCGUGGCGUGAAGGUAGAAGUGGUCCGAAUGGGGCCAAUGAUUCAGCAGAUGCAGUCGCAGUGCCACAACUGCGGUGGACAGGGAAAAAGCUUCCAGACCAAGCAGGAAAGAGAGGUCCUGGAGGUGCACAUCCAGAAGGGUUCGCCAGAUGGACACAAGGUUGUCUUUCGAGAGAUGGCUGAUGAACAUCCCGACGCUGAUGCCGGCGAUGUGGUUUUUGUUCUGAAGCAGCAGGAACAUGCUGACUUCAAGCGCAAGGGGGCCGACCUUUUCAUUGAGCGCAAGAUCUCUUUGGUCGAGGCGCUGUGCGGCUUCACCAUGGAGUUGACGCACCUCGAUGGCCGAAAGCUUCAGAUUAAGACAUCGCCAGGUGAAAUCGUGAAACCCAUGAGCCAGGGCUUUGACCCAUUGGCCAAGGAGGAAGCGAAGACCGAGUGGGAAAUUAUCGAAGACGCAGAUUGCCCCAGCGUAGAGAAUGUCGCGCAGGCAGACACUACGGACAUCGAUACUUUGAAGAAGGCGUGUGAAACACAGCUGAAGCGCAAAGGCAUCGACGUGGGCUGCUUCGUGGUGGAUGGCCAACGCGCCUACUUCAAGCAGUGCACCCGCGAGGAAGCACUUGCAGCUAAGAAAACUCGACGAGGAAGCACUAUGUACAUCGUGACGGAUCCAGAUGCAAAGAAGUCCUUCCGCAUGAUGAAGGCAGUGAAGGAUGAGGGCAUGCCAACGUUCAAAAAUCCGUUUGUGCAUGGGAACCUGUUCCUGGUCCUGACCAUCGAGUUCCCUGACUCCCUCUCGCCAGAGAACCAGACUGCUAUGGCAAAGCUGCUGCCAGCCCCUCUGCAUCAGCCGAAGUGGUCAGAGGAUGACAAGGAAGUGGAGAUCCACACUGUGACUGACAUUGAUCCUGUGCAAUCUUAUAAUUCGAACAAGGUGAACAUGUCAGCAGGGGGCGAGGCCUACGACGACGAUGAGGAGGAUGGCCCUCGUGGUGGCCCCGGUGGUCCAGGAGUGCAAUGCCAUCAGCAGUGAGACUCCAUAUGGCCCCUGUGAAGUCGGCUUUGUGCUAAUCUUCUGGGCAGAGCCAUGAAUGAGAAGAGAUGUG